AUGUUUACUGUCAGAUACAGAUGUCAGAGGGACAGGAGGGAGAACACAGCAACACACAGAGCAGGUGAACAGGGAAACUACAUACUUAUUGAUUUAAAGAGAGGGGAGAGGAAUGGUUUUAACCUAUUAAAUGAAUCUAUUGUGGGAGAGAGAGGAGAAGAGCAUUGACUCUAAAAUGAGUCUCUCGGGUGAACACGAAACCAAAGAUAAAAGCCUAAUCUAUCAGGAGAGAAAAACCUCCCCUGUACCCAGCUGUGUGUCCAUGCAGAGUGACAAGUCUAUGGGAACACCAAUACGGUUCAAAGAGAGAGUCCUUUAUACUGAACACAGCCUAACCUAUCAGGAGAGAAAAACCUCCCCUGUACCCAGCUGUGUGUCCAUGCAGAGUGACAAGUCUAUGGGAACACCAAUACGGUUCAAAGAGAGAGUCCUUUAUACUGAACACAGAAACCAAAAGGAGACGUUCAAGACAACGCAAAGUUCAGAUCUCCCAAAAAGCUUUGAAAGGGUGGAUGAGGAAGGUGUGGAUGCUGAAAAUGAGAAGCAGGAGAGCAGUGCCAAAGAAGGGGCUCUGAAGAUCCCACUGCUUGUCCUGAGGAACAUGAACCAGGAGCCUGCUGACACAUGGGAGAAAAAUGAGCUUGCUAUGAUUUGCCAGUGUGAUCUCAAAUCUAAUCUGAAGAAGAAGUUUCCGUUUUUAUUUGAGGGUAUCGCUAAACAAGGGAACCCAGUACUUUUUAACAAGAUCUACACAGAGCUCUACAUCACAGAGGGUGGAAAGGGAGAGGUCUGUAAUGAACAUGAGGUGAGACAGAUUAAGACAACCAGGAAACAAGAGAGACCAGAGACAGCAAUUAAAUGCAACGACAUCUUCAAACCCACACCUGGACACGACAAACCUAUCAGAACUGUGCUGACAAAGGGGGUUGCUGGGAUUGGAAAAACAGUCUCUGUGCAGAAGUUCAUUCUGGACUGGGCUGAAGGAAAAGCCAAUCAGGAGGUUCAAUAUGUAUUUUCUUUCCCAUUUAGGGAGCUGAAUUUGAUGAAAGGUGAAAAACUCAGUUUGAUUCAACUCAUAAAUCAUUUCUUUGAAAUUGGAACUAAAAAGGCACAAAUCUGUAACUACAACAGCUACAAAGUUCUGUUCAUCUUUGAUGGUCUGGAUGAGUGCCGACUGCCCCUUGAUUUCAAGAAUAACAAGAGCUGUUGUGAUGUCACAGAGUCAACCUCAGUGGACAUUCUGCUGACAAACCUCAUCAAGGGAAAUCUGCUUCCCUCUGCUCUCCUCUGGAUUACUACAAGACCUGCAGCAGCCAAUCAGAUCCCUUCCAAGUGGGUUGACCAGGUGACAGAGGUGAGAGGGUUCAAUGACCUACAGAGAGAGGAGUACUUCAGGAAGAGAUUCAGUGAUGUGGACCUGGCCAGCAGAAUCAUCUCACACAUAAAGACAUCAAGGAGCCUCUACAUCAUGUGUCACAUACCAGUCUUCUGUUGGAUCGUUGCUACAAUCCUUGAGUUCAUGUUGACUACAGAUGAUAAAGUAGAGCUGCCCAAGACCCUAACAGACAUGUACUCACACUUCCUUGUGUUUCAGUCCACACACAGGAAUGUAAAAUAUGAUGGGAAAAAAGAGACAGAUCCACACUGGAAUAAAGAGAGCAUUCUGACACUGGGAAAAUUGGCUUUUCAACAGCUCCAGAAAGGCAAACUGAUCUUCUAUGAUGAAGACCUGAAAGAGUGUGGCAUUGAUAUCAAUGAAGCAUCGGUGUACUCAGGAGUCUGCACACAGAUCUUUAAAGAGGAAUCUGAGCUAAACCAGAAGAAGGUGUUCUGCUUCGUCCAUCUGAGUAUUCAGGAGUUUCUAGCUGCUCUAUAUGUUUUUCUAUCAUUCAUCAACAACAAUGAGAGGCUAAUGGAAGAACAACAAUUAACCAACAGGAACUUUUCAAUGCAGGUCAAAGACCAAGUUACAUUCUACAAGACUGCUGUGGAUAAAGCCUUACAGAGUAAGACUGGACACCUGGACCUUUUUCUCCGCUUCCUUCUGGGUCUCUCACUGGAGUCAAAUCAGAAGCAUUUACGAGGUCUACUGACACAGACCAGAACCAGCUCACAGAGUCAUAAAGAAACAAUCAAGUACAUCAAGGAGAAGAUCAGGGAGAAUCCCUCUUCAGAGAGGUGCAUCAAUCUGUUCCACUGUCUGAAUGAACUGAAUGACCAUUCUCUAGUGGAGGAGAUCCAAAGAUUCCUGAGUUCAGGUAGUCUCUCCAGAGAAGAACUGUCACCCGCACAGUGGUCAGCUCUGGUCUUUGUGUUACUGACUUCAGUAGAGGAGAUUGAUGUGUUUGAACUGAAGAAAUAUUCCACAUCCGAGAAAGGGCUUCUGGGGUUGAUGCCAGUGAUCAAAACCUGCCGAACUGCUCUACUGUCAGGUUGUGGAAUCACUGAGAAAGGCUGUGCUUCUCUGGUCUCAGCUCUGAAAUCAAACCCCUCACACCUGAAAGAACUGGAUCUGAGUAAAAAUGACCUGAAGGAUAAAGGAGUGGAGAAGCUCUCUGCUCUGCUGAAGGAUCCACAAUGUAGACUGGAGAUUCUGAAGCUGUCAAGUUGUCUGGUGACAGAGGAAGGCUGUGGUUCUCUGGUCUCAGCUCUACAGUCAAACCCCUCACAUCUGAAACAACUGGAUCUGAGUAACAAUGAUCUGAAGGAUGCAGGAGUUGAGCGUCUCUCUGCUAUUUUGGAGGAUCCACAAUGUAGACUGGAGACUCUGAGGCUGUCAGGCUGUCUGGUCACAAAGGAAAGCUGUGCAACUCUGGACUCUGUUCUGAAGACAAUCCGCUCACACCUGAAAGAACUGGAUCUGAGCUACAAUCACCCAGGAGACUCAGGAGUCAGACUGCUGUAUCGCUACUAA